AUGUGGAGUUUUAGUCAUUCCGGGACAAUAUCAUCACUUAGCGACGGCCGUCCGCUUCGUUCUGGCAAAGCACACUUCCCAAAGGGGCUCGAUUGGGCGCGCUUCGACGUCUUCUUCCUUCUCGAUGGUCAAUCAAGCCGCAAACAAGUUGCUCCAGGUGCAGGAAACGUCUACUACAAACAACUGGGCAACGCAGGAAGCAUUAACAAUCAGGGGGUGGUGAACAAUCAAGCAGCUCGUGCCGUGAAAGACGGAACAGGGCUGGGGAGCGCCAACGUGCAACAGGAGAACUCACAGACGCAAACAGCAUCUGCAAACCCCGUCACAACCACUGUCCAGGUGGACGCUGUGACUUCGACUACUGAUUACACUGGAUCAACUGCAGCCCUUCCAGCUGCCUCUAUUCUUGCACCAGGGGUGGGAUUUAGUGGUGUUGGCGUGGGAUCGCUAAUCACAACCCUUCCUGGGCCUGAUCCCCUGUCAAGUGGGCUAGUACGGCAAGGGACGGAUCCCAGGUGCCAUGGGGAUGAAGGCACAGCGCAUUGUGAUGAUGGUGCAUCUAUAUUUUCGACCAGGGUUCCCAUUGUUACAAUCUCCACUUUUGGUGAAAGUGUGAGAAUUUAG